AUGCUACCCCUGAUCUUCUGGUGCGCGCUUUGCCUUACCACGCCUGUGGUGGCAGGCAAAUGCAAAAACACCCCUCUUGAUGUGACAUGGCCCUCUGACACGGAUUGGUCGUCUUUAAAUGCGUCCAUUGGCGGUCAUCUGCUUCGCACAGUUCCUGCUGCUGCUUCCUGCUGGCCUAACGGCCACUUGGAGUCCUCCAUCUCAUGCAAUACAGUUCAGUCACAGUGGACCAACGCGCUCUGGCAUGCAAGUCAGCCAGACUCCAUUGACUACCCUAUCUACGCGAACAAUUCCUGUCUACCGCCAAACGUGACGGGUUAUGUACACGAUCUGGGCUGUACAACUGGGGGACUGCCAGCAUAUAUUGUCAACGCUACAACGGAGACUCAGAUUGCGACGGCAAUGAAGUGGGCCGCCGAGCGCAGCAUUCGCAUCGUCAUUAAAGGCACUGGGCAUGAUUUGAAUGGGCGGUCAAGUGGUGCCUUUGCUCUGUCGAUCUGGACUCACCAUCUCCGCAAGUUACAGCGCGAUAUCUCCUGGAAACACCCAACCAAGAAUAUCACGGAGGAUGUAUACAUCGUUGGCAGCGGCCAGCAGUGGGGUAAUGUGCUUAAUUACGCGCUCGCUCAGGGCCGAGUAGUCACCACCGGACAAGACCCCAGCGUCGGACUUGGUGGCUACAUUCAAGGGGGUGGACACGGUCCAUUGUCACGGACCUACGGUCUUGCUGCUAGUCACGUACUGCAGAUGCGCGUCGUCACCACCCAGGGAGAGAUACUUGUAGCCAACGAUGCACAACACCAGGACCUGUUCUGGGCGCUGCGCGGUGGCGGGCCGGGUCUGUAUGGUCUGGUCACAGAAUAUGUGCUGCGACAUCAUCCGGCUCCGAGCAACGUGACUAUGGGAAACCUCUUGAUCACCCCAAAAGCGGACCGCAACAAUCUCAGCGCGGAGGCAUCGUGGAAAGCAGCCGUGUCGUACCUCCAGGCGCUUCCGGAGCUGAUGGACGCCGGUCUAGCAGGGGCAUGUAUGAUGUCAACUGCCGAGGCAGCGAUGCGGUUCGGCUCCCUCUCUGAAGCCACGACCGGCGUAGUCAUCUCGCAAGCGUUCUGGUCCUUCAAUUCAACUCCAUCCGCCAUGGAAGCCUUGGUCCGUGCGGUCCUCACUCGCAUUGGACGUGACUCGACUCCAAAUAGCGGUAGCCCUGCAGUGAAUAUCACGUUCAGCACUUCCAACGUUGCGAACUACACCUCCUUCAUUUCCGCCAUCUCUGGUAGCAACGCAGCCGGCGGCCAGAGCGUCGUAUCAAGCCGCCUUCUCGGCCGCCGCGAGCUCCUCGGCACGUCGCGCACAGACAUGACCAGCUAUCUCAAAACUGCGCUGCAAGCGCAGAACGCGACCGCGGGAACCUUUGCGACGAUCGGCUUACAAGGCGGACCGGGAGUGCAACAGACCCCUCCAGGGGACUGGGGUGCUCUGCUACCGGCAUGGCGCACGGCGUACCUGCAUUUCAUUGCCAACGGAGCGACAGUCGACUCCGUCGCUGCGGGCUCUCCGAAGCGAGCGCUGCAAGACGCCGCGCGAUGGUAUGAGGCCAAGGAGCGCAUGUGGCAGCUGUGGGCGCCGGAGUCGGGGGCGUACAUGAACGAGGCUAAUCCAUUCGAUCCCGAGUUCAAGCGUGACUUCUAUGGGGCGAACUAUGACCGGUUGGUGCAGGUCAAGGCCAAGUACGAUCCGACUGAGAGCUUGUUUGUUCUGGCUGGUGUGGGAAGCGAUCGGUGGGAUUAUGAUCUAGAUAGUGGUCGACUUUGCAGGGUGGAUUAA